AAGUACAUUAUUACGAGUAUUCAAACAAUCACUCCCUUAAACCCUUGGUCUUCAAACAGCAAACACCCCUCUCAUUUCAAACUACACAGCCGUUUAAGGACCAUCUUUUCUCUCUCUCUUUCUCUUCAAUGGCGGAAUCAGAGGCACAUCACUUCCGUAACUACGAGCUCCGUCUCCUCCGCUGCUCUCUUCCACCACCACCGCCGCACAUCACCCGCCGCACUCCGCCGCCAUUUCAUCCUCUUCUCGACGACAUUAUCAGCCUCAUAGAAUCUGGACGCUUUGUUGAUUCUCUCUCUUCUGCCGGAGCUCGGACGAUAUUUCAAUUUGCCGACUCGUUCGAGUCACUCGACCCGAGCCAGUUCUACUCUGAAUUGGAAAGAGCGGUUGAAUCUUAUUUGGUUAAUGAUACUGUUGAAGCUAAUGCUUCUUUUAAGAUUAUUCUGGUUGUUUCUAUUGCUGUUGCUGCUUUACUCGCUUUCUUCCAGUGCAACUUUAUUGGUCCAGUGAUUGAGCUACCUUCAGUUCCAUUGCCGUGGAAGGCAAUAAAAGAGGGAAAGGAAUGGGAAGCGUGGGCGCGAAAUCAGUUAAUGUCUGAUGGUUCUGAUUUGGCUGCUAAAUUUUCUAAUCUACAGUAUAUACUCUUUGCGAAGAUCUUGCUUAUGAAGACCAGAGAUCUAUCAUUUGGUGGAAAUAUCGGGUGUGAAACUGGAUUUGAAACUAGCACUUGGUGGUUUGCUAGACUUAUUCUUUUACAGCAGCGCAUUAUGGAUGAACGUUGCUCUUCACUACUUGAUUUACUGCAAGUAUUCAUGGGUGAAAGUGUAAAUAAUUUUGGCAAUGUGGAGAAGGUAAUAAGCUAUUGGGGUGCUGCAGUAGAAGAAGAUGAAGCUUUAACUAUUGUCUCAAUGCUGCAGUUAGAGGCAGGAUUGAUUGAACAUACUUUUGGGCGUGUUGAUCAUGCAAAGCAAUAUUUUGAAGCGGCAGCAUUGUCUACGGGGCUUGAACUCUCUGUAACUGGAGCUCUUGGUGUCCGAACAGUCCAUCAAGUGGAUCCAGUUGCCCAGAGGGUUCUGGUUACGCGCAAAAGCUCUUUAGCUAGUGCCAGUAGCACUCCAUCGUCAAAUGUUACUCAUGAAAGAGAUGCUUCUAAUGAGCCAAAUUCACAUCAACAGAAUAGUGAGGCGUCUGAUGUGUUGAUGGCUCCUAAAUUUAUCAACAGUGUUGGCAAUGGAUUGGAUAAUCUGAAUCUGAUUGAGCAUAAUCGUGCCACUGAUGUAACAUUGACUUCAAUUCAACAGGCAGUCAUUCUCGCUCAUUGCCUUCUUAUAGAAAAAAGAGCUCGGGUGGAUGAGCUCCAAAGCUGGGAUAUGGCUCCAUACGUAGAGGCUAUUGAUUCUCAGCAGUCAUCAUACUUCACUAUCAAUUGUUCAUGCAACAUCUUGCGUAUAAAGUGGGAGUCCACUCGUACCCGUACUAAGGAGCGUGCAUUGCUGAUGAUGAACAAAUUGGUUCAAGAUCUUCAUGAGCCGUCACCCCAAGUACUGGAAAGGGUUCGUUCCUGUUUUGCUGUCUUUUUACCGCCUGUACCUGUACUCAGAAAGGAGUAUGGUGAGCUUCUCAUUGGUCGCGGCUUGAUAGCGGAGGCCGUUGGAAUUUUUGAAGAUUUAGAACUUUGGGAUAAUUUGAUAUACUGCUACCGCCUAUUGGAGAAGAAAGCGGCAGCAGCCGAACUAAUCAAGGCGUGGCUGCUGGAAACACCUUCUGAUCCAAGGUUAUGGUGCUCGUUGGGUGGUGUUGCAAAUGAUGAUUCCUGCUAUUUGAAAGCUCUGGAGGUUUCAAAUGAUAGGUGUGCAAGAGCUAAGAGAUCACUUGCUCGCCGUGCAUACAGCCAGGGAGAUUAUGAAAAGUGUCAAGUUCUAUGGGAAUCUGCCAUGGCAUUGAAUUCACUGUAUCCAGAUGGUUGGUUUGCUCUUGGAGCUGCUGCACUGAAGGCGAAGGAUGUCAACAAGGCACUUGAUGGUUUUAUUCGUGCAGUUCAACUUGAUCCUGAAAAUGGAGAGGCUUGGAACAAUAUUGCUUGUUUACAUAUGAUCAGGAAAAAAAGUCAGGAGGCUUUCAUUGCAUUCAAAGAAGCACUGAAGUUCAAAAGAAAUAACUGGCAAAUGUGGGAGAACUAUGGACAAAUUGCAGCUGAUGUUGGCAAUUUUUUUGAGGCGUUAAAAGCAGCACAAAUGGUGUUAGAUCUCACAGGAAAUAAAAGAUAUGAUGGGGAUUUGCUAGAGAGAAUAGUGCAAGAAAUGGAAGAAAGGUUUUCUUCUCCAUGUUCUUCUAGUGCUGAAGAUGAUAAUGAUUGUACCAACCAAACAGAUUUGGGAUCUAAGGUGGCAGAGUCACGUGACACAACGCGCUUGAUGGAGUUGCUAGGGAAAGUUCUCCAGCAGGUCGUUCGUAGUGUAGGAAAUGGAGAUAUAUGGGGCUUGUAUGCUCGGUGGCAUAAGAUGAGGGGAGAUCUUACAAUGUGUUCUGAGGCCCUGUUAAAGCAAGUCAGAGCUUACCAGGGAUCAGAAGUUUGGAAAGACAUUGUCCAGUUUAGAAAGUAUGCACAUGCAUCCUUAGAGCUUUGUAAGAUAUACUUGGUAAUAUCAUCUUCAGCUGAAAGCCUUAGAGAGCUCUGCGCAGCUGAUAUGCAUCUUCGUAACAUCAUCAAGCAGGCAAGUUCAUUUACAGACACUGAAGAGUUCAAGGCUCUCCAAGUUUGCCUCGAUGAUGUUCAGAUGAGACUUAAAUCUAACUCAGUGUCAACUUCUUAAAAUGGAGCGAAGGAUCUUUUGUUUGUAAGGAAGUUUGAUAGGCUUAUAGGCUCAUGCACAUAUCAUCUAUUGAAUGGUCUUAGAUGUAACUUUAGUACUCGAUUGGUUUGCAAAGCUGCUUCAUGUAAGUGUACUCUAUUGCAAUAAGUUGCUCUACCUGUCUACCAUGUUCUGUUAGCAUAGAUAUUGCUGACAAAAUGCAAAAUGCAAAAUGCCCAAGUUGCUGCUUGUUUCGCUGUUAUUAGUGUUGUAGAAUCAGAAAUUGUACAAAAUUGAUCAUGACCUUCUAGCUGAUAAUGUGUAAUCUUCUGGUCAGUGAUUAUUUCAAGACUGGCUUGUAUUUUACCAAGAGAGUUUUGGCUGUAGUAUAGAAAUCAUAGCUAAUAUUUUUCAAAAUUUCUCCCAAUUUUGUUGCAUGGGGGAAGCCUCUGUUGUUACUUGUAUACUAUAAAUCAUAUUAAUAUAUUAUACUGUUUACACGAUCUGAGAGCUUUGUUUUUUUUUUUGGUUGGUUUGUGUUUUGUUUUUUUUAAAAGAAUAUACUAAUGUUUAUUAUCCUUGAGUUAUUGUAUUUGGGGAACCAUUCUCUUUUCUCAAUGUCUUGUAUGAUCCAAUGGAGAAACAGUGAUUUUGUAAAAAGUUGUUUCUUAAGAAAAUUUACAUUGUCUUGCAAUAAUUACUUAAAAUCAAAGAAAGCUACGAAGUAACUUUUUUUUACAGUAUACUACAUACUCUGUUCCAACUUAGAUAUGGUUUGAGUAAAUGUUGAGUAAAUUUACAGUAAAUGCUAUAUCAUUGUGUCAUGUAAUUUCUAAGUAAUCAAACUCAAAUUUUGACAUUGCAAGGAAUGGAAAAAAUUGUUGCAGGAAAAACCUUGGAAAGUGACAAUUUUAAGCAAAU